AGAACGAGCCGUUUUAGUAUGCUGUUGCUCCAGGACAGAAUGAGAAGGACUUGUUUGUCCUGGUGCCUUUUCCUGCUGUUUGUCUGGUACCCAGCGGGCAGCAUAGUGACGGAGAUUGAGCUGGAGGAUUUGGACUGGAACUGGGGUUCUGGAUUACACGAACUCCUAAACAGCUUUCCAGCUGAUAGUCCAUUUGUCAGAGAGACACCUGGCAGGCCGGCCAACUGCACUCAGCGCUUCUGGCUUCCUCCAUCCUCCCCUGUGUGCUGGGAUGAUAUAGCGGGCCCAGAGGAGUUUGAGAAGUCCCGCAUUCUCGUGCUGCAGAACAGGGCGUCACUGCAGGCCGUAUCGACAUCUAGUGGUCUCGAGGAAGGUGGUGCGUCCUACGAUCAACAGGCCAGGGAGAACAUGCAGGGCGUCCGGGCUGACCAUCUCGUUGUGGCCCAGACGGCUGAUACAAUACAGAAGGUGUUCAUGGAUUUGGAUGAGAAGAGGAAGGAGGGGAAAGAGCAUUAUACCUUCUCAAGUCUGAAGGAGCAAAUUGACAACACGAAAGACUCCAUUGCUAAAAAGGAGCAAGUAGCAGCUCUUCUAGAGAAACAUCUUGCCAAUCUGGAGAGGUCUUUGAACACUAUGCAGCUUCAAUUGGCCAAACUACUUCCCCAGUAAUUUCAUUUGAGCAGCACAAUCUACACAUGUGGAAAAUAAUAUAAUGCAUGUUUUAUUAUUACAUUUUAUCAAACACACAAGACUUGUAUGACCAUGUAUUGCAUGCCAACAGCACCCUGUAUUUCUCUUUUGGUGCGUAUUUUCCUCUUGUUUUUCCACUCCAUUAAGUAAAUGGGAUAAAUAUUAGUUAAUGGCAAUAAAAUUUAUUUUUAUACCCCCA